GGCAGCACAUUGCCCUUAUCCGCGACCGCGAGGGCUCCUCUCUUUCGGGUACGUGAUUCUUGGUCUAGAUUCAAGCGCGCGGCGCCACAUUCGCAGCUGGAGUAAUCGAUUGAGCGCGCGCCGCCACUCCAGGGAUGGGAAGCACCAAGGAAUGGUCGGGCAUUAACCAAUUCCCCGUUGCUACGCAGACUGCGCUCCACGGGCUGCUUGGCAAGGUCCGGCAACAGAAUGUGGAUAGCAUGACUGUUCUAGUGCUUGGAAAAGGUGGAGUUGGAAAAAGCUCUACGGUGAAUUCUAUAAUUGGUGAGAGAGUAGCAGCCGUGAGCGCCUUUCAGUCGGAGACUUUGAGGCCGCUCUUCGUUUCACGGUCCAGAGCUGGAUUUACUUUGAACAUUAUCGACACUCCCGGUUUGAUCGAAGGUGGAUGGGUGAAUGACCAAGCACUAGAGAUUAUCAAGAGGUUUCUCAUGGACAAAACUAUUGAUGUGGUUUUGUAUGUGGACCGGCUCGAUGGUUACCGAGUUGAUAGCCUCGACAAACAAGUCAUCAGGGCCAUCACUCGUAGCUUCGGUCCUCAAAUCUGGAAGCUUUGUUUGCUGGUGUUAACUCACGCACAGCUUCCUCCUCCGGACGGUGCUAGCUAUGACGACUACGUGCAGCAGAGAUCCGAGGGGCUCUUAGCGGCUAUAAGGCAUGAAGCUGGCUUCAAGAAAACCGAUCCCGACAUACCUUACGCUCUCGUGGAAAAUAGUGGGCGUUGCAGCACUAAUGCUGGUGGUGAAAAGAUUCUUCCAAAUGGAACCGUGUGGGUUCCAAACCUGGUGGGACGGCUCGUGCAAGUGGUGACCAACGAGCACCCAUCACUGCUGGUGGACAAGAAGCUCAUCGAGGGUCCCAACGCGAAUAACAGGGGGAAGCUUUGGAUCCCGCUGGUGCUGCUCGCACAGUAUUUCUUGGUGGUGCGACCGAUCCGAAAAGCCAUCGAGAACGAUAUCCAGGAAGAAACCCGCCGAAAGCCCGCCUGGGAAACUUUCGUGGAUGACUAUAACAGCUUGAACGAGAUCAAUGCCAGCCGGAGGGGGCGCUAGAAGAGAAAAUUUUUGUUUAAGCAUAUCGAAUAUUCUUGAAGGUUUGAUGUGAGCCGUCGAUUACAGGCUUUCGAUCCUGGUCGUUUAUGAGGAAUAUACGUGUAACGGCUUUCGCA